AAAUCAGCCAUCAUAAAGCAAGACAGAUUGCGCUACAGGAUCAGUUGCUGAAACUGCAGUCAGCCACUCCGUCAGUACAUUCAGGAGCUGGUGGUAUACCAGCAACCACUGCAUCUUCUUCAUUCAGCUGUGGGAUCAGUCAUCAUGCCCCAGCUUUCCGUGAUGAUGACAUGAACUUUGGAGAUGUUAUUUCAUUACAACAAGAAAUAAACAGAUUGUCAAAUGAAGUUUCAAGACUCGAGUCUGAAGUUGGCCAUUGGAGGCAUAUUGCUCAGACUUCUAAAGCACAAGGAACACAUAGCUCUGAUCAAAGAGAAAUCUUCAAACUGCAAAAUGUCAUUAAGGUUCAACAUUUACGUAACACAGAAUUAAGGUUAAACCAGGAGCUAGAGAGAUUGCGUAAGCAUCUUUUAGAAUCAGAAGAUUCUUAUACUUGUGAAGCUUUGGCUGCUGAAGACAGAGAGGCUAAACUAAAAAAGAAAGUCACAGAAUUGGAGGAAAAGCUAGUUUCAUCCACUAAUGCAAUGGAAAAUGCAAGCCAUCAAGCCAGUGUGCAGGUACAGUCAUUACAGGAGCAAUUGAAUGUAGUCUCCAAGCAAAGGGAUGAAACUGCACUGCAGCUUUUGGUCUCCCAGGAACAAGUAAAGCGGUAUACUCUAUCACUAGCCAACCUGCAGAUGGUACUAGAGCAUUUCCAAGAAGAGGAGAAAGCUAUGUAUUCUGCUGAACUAGAAAAGCAAAAACAGCUUAUGGCAGAGUGGAAGGAAAAGGCAGAAAAUCUGGAAGGAAAAGUGGUGUCAUUACAGGAACAUUUGGAUGAAACAAAUGCUGUGUUGGAUUCAGCAUCAAGACUUACAGAACAGUUAGACCUAAAGGAAGAACAAAUUGAAGAACUUAAAAAACAGAAUGAGCUCCAACAAGCAAUGCUGGAUGAUGUACAAAAGAAAUUUGCGAACUUAGUAAACAGUGCAGAAGGAAAAGUGGACAGAGUCCUAAUGAGAAACCUCUUUGUUGGACAUUUCCACACACCAAAAAAUCAGCGUCAUGAAGUGUUAAGACUGAUGGGAAGCAUCCUGGGUAUCGAAAGGGAGGAAAUGGAGCAGUUGUUUCAUGAAGAUCAGGGUGGUGUGACCAGGUGGAUGACUGGGUGGCUUGGAGGAGGAUCAAAAAGUGUCCCCAACACACCUUUGAGACCAAAUCAGCAAUCUGUGCUUAAUAGUUCUUUUUCAGAACUUUUUGUUAAAUUUCUGGAAACAGAGUCUCGUCCAUCUGUUCUACCACCAAAGUUUUCUGUACUUGAUAUAAAACCUUUAGAUUCACCAGGAAAGAGAAAACUAGAUACAAAUAUACCAGAAAGUUUUAGAGAAUCCAGGUCUGGUAGAAGAACAGAUAUGAAACCAUUCUUGGCUUCCCGCUCUGCAGCUGUGCCUCUCAUUAACCCAGCUGGACUUGGACCUGGUGGGCCCGGGCAUCUUCUUUUGAAACCCAUCUCAGAUGUUUUGCCCACAUUUACACCUUUGCCAGUGUCACCUGAAAACAGUGCUGGAGUUGUGUUGAAAAGUCUUUUAAAGUAA